UGUGUGUGUGUGUGUGUGUGGAGAAAUCUAGGAAGUAACUUUAGCCUAACUUUUCGACCAGGACGACGCGGAGACGUUAAUCCUCAUUUCUAAAAGAAACUGUGAUUUACAUGAGCGAUACCAGCGCCGAACUGCUGGGAAAAUACUUUUUAAUCAUUUAAAACGUGUAAUAAGCGGUUUCUUGCCUCACCUUUUUUUCUGGGAAGCUCAGGUGAAAACUUUUUUCCCCCCUCAAGUUGUCUGAUUGGAAUUCGUUAGAGAUCUUCCUCUACUCGCUUUUUGGAUUAUUUCCGCUUUUUAAAGAUGAAAUGAGAGUUUUUUCUCUGAAGUGGAUGCUGGCAGAGAGUUGGGGCAGUGAGUUAUGCUGAAGUCUGCCUGUGUAUCAGGAUGAGCACUACAGAUGGAGCCGGGCCCUCUGAACAUGACGGAGAGGCCCGCGUUGUGCAGAUCUAUCCCAGGCUGUUACAGGACACGGCUACCUACUGUCCCCUGCAGGUGAGCUCCGGGGACACGGUGAGGUCGGUCGUCCACAAUGCCGUGAUGACUCUGGGCCUCGAUGUCAGCCAGACGUACAGCCUGCUGGAGGUGCGGAAGAACAGCGGAGAGGAGAUGCCGCUGGAAGCCGGGGACUUCCCUUUGGAGAGAGUCCUGCAGUGGCCAGCCAGGGCACAGAGGUGGCACCCUCAGAGCCAUGGGUACUACUUCAUCCUGCAGAACCAGGACGCCGACAGUGGAGGCAUCCAAGUAGAAAGCAGCAGAGAGGACUAUGAUGACCUCUGUAACCUCCAAACUGUGACAGAGGAGAACAUUCUGGAGGCUUUACGCCAGCGCUUCUCCAGGCUCAAAAUCUACACCUACGCCAGCAACAUCCUCAUCGCCAUCAACCCCAACAAGUUCCUGCCUCUUUACUACAACCCCAAGUACGUCAAGAUGUACGAGAACCAGCCACUGGGCAAACUGAGGCCUCAUAUUUUUGCCAUAGCAGACGUGGCCUUCCGUGCAAUGCUGAGCAGGCAGGUCAACCAGUGCAUUGUGUUGUCCGGUGAGAGCGGCUCAGGGAAGACUGAAAGCAGCAGCUAUCUCAUCCACUGCCUGACUGCCCUCAGCCAGAAGACCUACUCCAGCGGGCUGGAACGGACCAUCCUCGGGGCUGGCCCGGUGCUGGAGGCCUUUGGCAACGCUAAGACUGCAGAGAAUAACAACUCCAGUCGCUUUGGGAAGUUCAUCCAGCUGAACUAUCUGGAGAGUGGUGUCAUCAGAGGGGCAGUCAUUGAGAAGUACCUACUAGAAAAGUGUCGCCUGGUGUCCAGAGGUCAAAAAGAGAGGAACUACCACGUGUUUUACUAUCUGCUGGCGGGCGCGUCCAGAGACGAGCAGGAGGAGUUUCAUCUACUAAAGCCGCAAGAUUAUCUCUACCUCAAGCAGGAAAACCUCCAUCUAGGCGAUGAGGAGAAACUUAAGCAGGAGUACAAGAGGCUCCAUCAAGCCAUGGAGAUGGUCGGCUUCCUGGCCUCCACCAAGAAACACAUAUUUUCCAUCCUCUCUGCCAUCCUGCACCUGGGCAAUGUGACCUACGCGCUGUCAGAGGACGCUCAGGUCCUGGAGGCCGGACCUGCUGAAGUUUUGACCACACUGUCUGACCUCCUCAAAGUGAAAGAAGAGCUACUGGUGAAGACUUUGACCAAGAGGAGAGUAGUGACCGACAACGCUAUCGUAGAUUCACAGUACACACUACAAGAGGCCUACACAGUGCGUGACUCCAUGGCCAAGUCUUUAUACGGCGCUUUGUUUGACUGGAUCAUUCUUCACAUCAACCACGCAACGCUCAACAGACGAGACAUGGAGGAGUCCGUCUCUUGUUUGUCCAUCGGUGUCCUGGACAUGUUUGGAUUCGAGAACCUCCAGAAAAACAGCUUUGAGCAGCUGUGCAUCAACUACACCAAUGAGAAACUGCAGUAUUACAUCAACGAACACAUCUUCGAGCUGGAGCAAGAAGAUUAUAUAUCCGAGGGCAUCACCUGGCAAAACAUCUACUACACAGACAACAGUGGCUGCAUUCAGCUCAUCCAGGAGAAGCCAACCGGAAUCUUUGACCUGCUGGAAAACGAGAGCAACCUCCCUGAGGCAACAGAUGAAACCCUGUUGGACAAGUUGAAUCAGCAACAUCAGGACAACCCAUCCUUUGUACCCUCCUCAAAUGCUGAGCCGACUUUUGUCAUUCAACACUUUGCUGGAAGGGUUACAUAUCACAUCCAGGAUUUCCGGCAGAAAAACACAGAGCACAUGCGUCCUGAAGUCGUAUCACUUCUACGGAGCAGUGGGCGGGCGUUUGUGCAUCACUUGGUUGCAUCCAGUCCAGAGGCUCUGUUCAGAUGGGGAGUCCUCCGAGCCACCAUCCGCAUCAUCUCAGUGCUCAAUUACCUGGGACGCCAGCGGAAAGAAUCACUAGCUGCCAGACAAAACUCCCGCAAGACCUUCAGAGAACAACGACAAAGCAGUGCAAAAGACAGACUGUCCAGCAAAAGCCUGACUCUGGAUUUCUCCUUUGAUCGCUCUGAUGAACAUCCUCUUGAAGUGUUCGAGGAUAUCUUUGUCAAUUAUGAAAAGAGAAAGAAAAGUCGAGGCGGUCGACAGAAGCAGCUCAUUCCCAGGAAUCUCAUGGAUUCACACUCUAUCCGACAUAUUGUUGGUCUGGCUGCACACGACCGAACCAGCAAAUUCAUCUUCCACCCUCAUCGGCAGACAAAGCCCCCAACAGUCGGCGCUCAGUUUCAGGCUUCUCUCGGAAAGCUGAUGCAGACGAUUGAAAAAGCAGAGCCAUUCUUUAUUUUCUGUGUUCGCUCCAACGCUGAAAAGAAGGAGCUGCACUUUGAUGAUGAACUUGUGCUGCAGCAAAUCAAGUAUACAGGCAUACUGCAGAUGGUUCACAUCCAGAAGUCUGGCUACAGUGCCAAAUACACAUUCAAGGAAUUUGUCGAAAAGUUCAGAAUGUUGCUUCCAAAGGGAACUACUGUAACGCCAGAGCACAUAACUGAACUGUUUGAGAAGAUGGAACUGGAUAAGACCGCCUAUCAAAUAGGAAAAACCAAGGUGUUCCUCAAGGAGAAGGAGAAGCAACUGCUCCAAGACACUCUAAACAAAGAAGUGAUGCGACACAUCAUCGUCCUGCAGCGCUGGUUCCGUGCCUGUCUCAUGAGAAUGCAUUUCCUGCAAAAGCGAGAUGCCACUUUGCUUAUACAGAGAUCCUGGCGUGAGUUUUACGAGAAACAAAACCGAGCUGCUACAGUGAUCCAGACAGCAUGGAAGUCUUCCCUGAAGAAGCCAAAAAAACAACAAGAGAAAGGGGAUGACGAGAACACAUCCCGGCCUGGACGGGACAGCAUUUCCAAAAAGGAGCUAAAGAGGCAGGGCAAAGUGGAGCUCAGCCCCAACAGGACCAAGGAGAGGUCCGUUAGCAGGGAGAAGCGAGAGGGCAGAGGAUCCCCACCUCCUCUCCACAGACCCCUCUCCUUGCCAGUGGACCAUAAAGUUAGCAGUGAUGACGGCUCCACCAGCCCCGGCAGCUCGCUCCAGCGCUACACAGACAUGGGGGGCAUGAGAGAGAAGGCUGUGAAGUGGAAGGAAGGUAAGGCAGACGGCGAGCAGACGGAUGAGUCAAGUCCAGAAGUACGGCGACGAGAUGAUCGGAAGAUUGACUUACAGCGCAAAGGGAAGUCGAUGUCUGUGGAUGAACUGUCCAGGAUCACCUCAUCAGGCUCUGAUAGCUCUGCUAACAAUGAGAUACCUGCAGAACCUGAUGGGUCGAGGUUCAGUCUUCCAGCCACGAGCCCCAAUGACAACUUGAGACAGCAGGAAUCCAACCAAUCACAACUCACCACUCCAGAGAAGAUUUGGUUUCUCAGUAAAUUCCUGAAAAAGCGGACACCUAAAUAUGCCCCGGGCAGCACCUCACCAUCAGAUAAAGCAGUCACUUUGGCCAGCUACACCCCACAUACCUACCACAAGCCAGACCAGAUCGGUGAAAGGGUCAAACGAAACCCGACCAUUAAAAUCAGCCGGGCCACACGGACGUUGCAGUGCAGUGAUUCUCUGGACCGCGAGAUUAACGACACCAAAGAGCUGCGAAACCUGGAUGAGUUCCUCGGCAACCAGGUGAACGAGCUGCGAAGUAGAGCAAAACAGCUGUCACCAGUCGAGAGCAUCUUCCUCAUAUCCACCUUGCAGUUCAGAGAUACCAUCAAAGGCAUGUACUCUGUCCAGAAGCCCAAAAUCCGCUACAAAGACCUGAUGAAGGGCUACGACAACACAGUGAACUCGCUGGCAGGGUCCAAGAAGAAGACGGAAGUCUCUCUGGUGGUCAACUUGUUUCAGUCUAUGCUGGACGGCUUCAUUAGGGGCGAGAUAAAACGAGUGUCUGAGUCUGAACCAGCCAAGGCUACAAAGACAACAAAGAAGAGGAGAAAUAAGGACAAAUGUCCUAACAGUCCUCUGGAUCACCUGUUCAGCACAUACCAGGUGAACAUCAUGCAGUCAUGUGACCUGUGUGGCUCCUACAUCUGGGGAAUGGAGAAAGCCUACAUGUGCAGUGCCUGCAAGUUGAUAUGUCACAAGAAAUGCCUGUCCAAUAUCAUCACAGAUUGCUCCACACGAUGUGCCAGACAGGAUGACAGUAUACCAGGCUCUCUGCACUUCGGGGUGCAGGUGUGUGUCCUCACCAGUAAAGCCAACCCUGUGCCCAAAGUUGUGGAGAUAUUGCUGCUGCACGUGGAGCUGAACGGCCUCUACACGGAGGGGAUUUACCGCAAGUCGGGCUCAGCAUGCCGAGCGAGAGAGCUCCACCAGAUCAUGGAGACUGAUCCUGAGGGGCCAUGUUUGGACAACUACCCCAUGCACACCAUCACAGGUCUAAUUAAACGGUGGCUCAGAGAGCUGCCCGACCCCCUCAUGACCUUUUCCCUCUACAGCGACUUUCUCCAUGCCGUGGAGCUGCCAGAGAAAAGUGAAAGAAUAAGGGCUGUAUACCAAAAAGUUGAUGAACUUCCUCCUGCUAACUUCAACACGUUAGAGCGGCUCAUCUUCCAUCUGGUCAGGGUUGCAAAGGAGGAAGAUCACAAUAAAAUGUCAGCGAGCUCUCUUGCUAUUGUGUUUGCGCCCUGCAUCCUGCGCUCACCUGAUGUCGAUGACCCUUUCCUUGGUAUGAAGGAUGUGGGCAAGACUACACAGUGUGUGGAGAUCCUGAUCACUGAGCAGUUCAGACGCUACAAUGAGAAGAUGCAGAAUAUCAAGGAGCUUGAAUACGCAGAGGCCCUGGCUGUCAAUCAGCUCAGACUGAAGAGACAAAACACGGUUAUUGAAAAGCCUUCGGCGUUGGAUGUUCCAGACCGCCUAUCUCCAGAUGAAGCAGAGAAGACCCUCGUCGAAAGGAUCAAGUCCAUUAAGCAAGAAAAGGUGGACUUGGCCUGCAGGUUGCCUGACCUGGAGCAGGAGAACUCUGACAAUGACAAUAUGGACUCAUCGUCUUCAAUGAGCUCAGACAGUCUCGACGAGAGUCUGGCCAGCUUGGAUUCGGAAGCAGCAGCAAAGGUGAAAAUGCGGUUGAAACCCCAGAAACCCGACACCCCGCCUAAACCUCCAGACCUGGCGCAGAGAGUCAGAAGUCUGAUGGCUCAGACUAAUGAUGCACAGAGAGAGUUCGCAUCAGGACAAAGGACAGAUGUUACCCAAUCCAUGUGCUUCCUGCCCAGCCAAGACAACCCCUCCCUACAUAACGAGCCCCAGAUCACCAGCAAGACUUCCAACGGGAGCUUUGAAGACCUGGACAUCCCUUACAUCGACGAGGAUGACGAUCUAACCUGCACGUAACACCACAAGUUGUAAUCAUUUUAAUAUCUGUUAAUAGAAGACUUGUCAAAAAAACUGUGCACUUUGUUUUAUAGACUUUUCCAUUUGUCAAUGCUGCUAUGGAAACAAAGUGCUUUGAGAUUUAUUUAAUGGGAGAUCGUACGGACUGUCCCUUUGAGGUUUUUAUAAAAUAUCUGGAGACGAACCAACAGCAAGGACUACUCAGCCUCUUCGUGUACAUUACACUGUGUGUGAUUUUUAAACAUAUUUCAGGACUGUACAGUUUUAAAAAAAGAUAGAUACUUUGUACCAGUUCUGUGAAGCUGUGUGACCAGCUGUGCCUCAUCUGUAGAGGACAGCAUGUAUGAGGAGUAAUUGAGAAUACAGGUGCCUCUUUACUAAUGGACUUUAAUUUCAGAAUGACCACUGUGGUACUAAUGGGACUUUGGUGGGAAAAAAAUGUUUUGUAAGUGUACAAAAAAAGGUUCUCCUGAGAAUCAAAGUGCUUCUCUAUUGUACAGUGACACAUUGAAUUUUGGGUGAGUGCAUUGUUGGGCAUCUGAAAUGUUUCAGUUGUGUUUUUGUGCUUUAAAGGAGCAGUUCAACCCAAGAUCAAAAAUACAAAUGCUUUUCAUCCUACUCAUAGUGCUAUUUAGGCCUCGACCAAUAUGGGAUUUCUAAGGCUGAUACCAAUAUUCACUAAUUGCCACAAAGUGUGGGACUGCUUUAAAGAUAGAGAUGCCUGUUUUCAUCGUGUGUUCUGUAAAAAAGGUUUCUAUAUCAAACAACAUAUUUGCAGAUGCUGAUAGAUACCAAUAUAUCCAUGAUAGGCCGAUUUCAGCCCAUACAUAGGUCUUGCUCUAGAGCUAUUUAUCAGCCUAGAUUGUUUUUUUGUGAGUUGCCAAAUGUUGUAGGUAUUGGCCAUAAUGAUUUCCCAUUCCCCUCAAAUAUAAUGGAACUAGAUUACAUGAUCAUUUAAAAUACUCAACAGCAACCUGGCUUCCCAGAAAUCAUGACCCAGUUACUCAAGAUAAUCCACAGACCUUGUGGUUAGCAGUUUCAUGUACAAACUAUUUUCUUUUUAGUGUAAUUCCUACAUAAAUCUGUUCACCACAUGGUCUGUGGAUUAUCUAGAGAGGUUUUCAAAGUGGGAGGCCGGGCUCCCCAGUGGGGCUCCAUGCUGUUUCAGGAUGAGUUAUUAUAUUAUUAUCAAAAUAAUAUCAUAUUGAAUGGUAGAUGGUGUAGAGAUACAGUUAUUUGUUUUCCACUUUAGCUAAUAAGCUAAUAAUUUACUAAAAAAGCUAAAGCUAAAAAAUGAAAAAGCUUUUUUAUGUAUCUGGUAAUAUAGCAAUAUUAGGCUAUUUUAUCUCAAAAUUUAAGCGUCAGUGGGAUCAUGAUAAUUGAGAAUCCAGAAAUUGAGGGAAAUUAAGCAAGUUAACCAAGGGGAAGAGAAAUGGCACCUUUUUCAAAUUGCCAAAUUCUCCAACAUUUGGCAAUUUACACCAAAACAUCUAGACUGAUAAACAACUCUACAGGUCUAAGGCGAUAUGUUUUUUUGAUUAAGGAGGUGAACUGUCCCUUUAAUUUUCCGUUGGUAUCUACUGCUGUGACUGACCACUGCCAGGGGAAUGGUCAUACUGCUGUGUUUUAGAUUGACUGAAAAUACUCCCCUCUGUCACUUCUCUUGAAAUUGCAAAGCUGCGCAGCUUCACCAAGUACUUUUUUUUUCUAUAUGUGUAGUUAAAAAAAUGCAUGCCUGUACAUUUUUAAGGGGUAGGAAUAAUGCAUAUUUAGGUGAUCAUCCUCAAAGUUUGUCUUUUGUCAACUGAAAUAAACUGAUCAUUUUCAAAUGU